AUGACAAAGAACGAUCUAAAAGAAUUUAAAACAUACGAACAAUUAUUACCAAGAGCAUUAGGUACUUUAACUUUCGAUGAAAAGAAAAAUUUAGUCGAUACAUCAGGUUUUGGUAAAGAACUUUCUAAAACUACUCAUAUUCCAGAAAUAUUGAGAAAAUGUGAUAAAGAAUUAGGUAGAAUUGGAUAUACGGUCUUUGAUGAUAGUAGACAUGUUGGUCGUGCAUUCCAAAAGGGUGGUAAGACUGUCGUUUUGUUUACUGAAAAGAGUGGUGAAGAUUCUUGGCAUACAAAUGACAAGGAUAAUCAUGGUGUUAUGCUUCCAACUAACUAG